UGGCAACGCCAAUGAUCCAACUAUUGCAAUUUGCAAAUCAAUUUUGUGGUGUACGUUGUGUGGUCGUGGUCGUCUUGUUCCUGCGUUUCGCAUUACUUUAAAUCUUAACUAAACUCAUCAAAAAUGGCACCUCCAUCAUACAGCGAUUUGGGCAAACAGGCUCGCGACAUCUUCAGCAAAGGCUACAACUUUGGCCUGUGGAAGUUGGAUCUGAAGACCAAGACAUCGUCGGGCAUUGAAUUCAACACAGCCGGACAUUCGAACCAGGAGUCGGGCAAGGUCUUUGGCUCUUUGGAGACCAAGUACAAGGUCAAGGAUUAUGGCCUUACCCUGACGGAGAAAUGGAACACAGAUAACACCCUUUUCACCGAGGUGGCUGUCCAGGAUCAGAUGCUUGAGGGACUUAAACUGUCGCUGGAGGGCAACUUUGCACCACAGUCGGGCAACAAGAGCGGCAAAUUCAAGGUUGCUUACGGACAUGAGAAUGUCAAGGCCGAUUCGGAUGUGAACAUUGAUCUGAAGGGACCCUUAAUCAACGCCUCUGCCGUGCUGGGAUACCAGGGAUGGUUGGCCGGUUACCAGACCGCCUUCGAUACACAACAGUCCAAGAUGACCACCAACAACUUUGCUCUCGGCUACUCCACCAAGGACUUUGUCCUCCACACAGCUGUGAAUGAUGGCCAGGAGUUCAGCGGCUCAAUCUUCCAACGCACUUCGGACAAACUGGAUGUUGGCGUUCAGCUGUCAUGGGCCAGCGGCACCAGCAACACCAAGUUCGCUAUUGGCGCCAAAUACCAAUUGGAUGAUGAUGCCAGCGUGCGCGCCAAGGUGAACAAUGCCAGCCAGGUGGGCUUGGGAUACCAACAAAAGUUGCGUGAUGGCAUCACCUUGACCCUCUCCACAUUGGUCGAUGGCAAGAACUUCAAUGCCGGUGGCCACAAGAUUGGCGUUGGCCUCGAAUUGGAAGCCUAAACUAGUUCAAGAUUUCAAGCUGAAUGCGCUGCCAGCAAAAAUGCAUACAGUACUAAACUACACCAGCAUCAACAACAGUAACAAGUAUAAACAAACAAAAUGAAAGUGUAACAACAAAUAAAACACAACAACAAUAAGAAGAAAAAACAAAAUCAACACAAUAACACUAGAAUCUUCAUGUUUAGCAGAGUAUUUGCCAACAAAAGUGGCCCGGGAACGAUCGGACGUAGUCUUGUUUAGUACAUAGCUAAAUACAUACAUAUUGUUGGCAAACAGUGAAAUACAUAAUUUACCUUUUAAAACAUAAAACAAAAGUUUUG